GGUGGACAAAUGUGAGAAAUUUUCAAUAAAGUGAUUGUUUUGAUUGAAAACAGGCUCUUUUGCGUGACUUUAUCAGACAAAUUAACAUAUUUCGUGAUAGACAUAACUGAGGUAGAAAGUGGCCAAGACUGAGUCCCAGUUAAUGGCCGUAUUAGUCGGGCUAGGAGGCUUUUUCGAGCCUGUUGAAAGGUGCACUUGCAAAAUAAUGCAGCUGUCAAUCAAGUCUUAAUUGACAACUAUCAAUUAGAUUAGAUUAGUUCCUCAUCAGGAUGUCUACAGUCACCAGUCCAAGUCGCUCUGGAUUUGAUGGUGUUGCUAGCAGGAAAGCCAACCCAUUGCCAGAUGUAAAGCUUGAAAACCGUCUCAAUAUAAAAGAUUUGGAGGCACUGCAAGAUGCCUUUAUGGCUGAUGGCGAUGGUUACGACAACAAAUUGAGUCUAACGCGGGAUCAGUUCACUGAAGCGCUGACGGUUAUUUUGAAUAAAGGAUCACGAGAAGAGUAUGGAGAGCUCUUCGACAAAGUUGACGUCACACGUGAGGGGUCCGUGGAUUGGGACAAGUUCGCCUCCCACAUGUUGCUAGAUUUCUACGAGAGAGACGAUAAGGUGAAAUCGACACAGGUACCGGCGUGGAAGGAUCUCAAGUUGUUACCAAGCCCACAUAAAGAGAUCAUACAGCGUGUCACGUAUCUCAAGAACACCAACAGAUAUGUGGCAAUUAGCAAGGAAGGGAGCGUUUCGAUGUGGGGUCAGAACCUGAAACUGCAACGGUCUUUGAAGACCGGGACGGAGUCUUGUAAGGCGCGAGAUCUCUGGGUGACGGACUUCAUCCCACUGCCAAACAUCAACAAAAUAGCACUGUCCUUCACGAGCAAGGAGAUAGCUUUUUAUGAUCUGAGCACCAAGCUCGAAUUUAACUGCCAGUAUAAGGUGCAGGGCUUGGACCACAUACCUCUCUGCUUGGACUACUGGUCCAACCCGGACAACGCCAAUGAGGCCAUCAUCGUCUGGGGAGAUGUCGGUGGCUGUGUCAACGCCAUCCAUUUCACGUCAGCGAACAUCGCCCUCUUUGAACGGCCACCCGCACCAGCAGGGGAGAAACAAGAGCCGACCUUGAACGUCCAACUCUGCGAUAUCGUCAAAGGAAAAUAUAAGAACAGUCGCUAUACGAAGCAUCAAGGUCACACGGAAUGGGUCAGACAAGUGAAAUUCUCCUCCUACCUCGAGUGUUUCAUUAGCUGCGCGACGACCUGGAACAACUCGAUCGUGAUUGGCUGGCUGGAAAAACACACUUCGACGAACACGACCAUGAAAACUUUUGGCUCAAUACCCCCUAAAGAAAUUAUACGGAAGACGGUUUUCCAGAUCUCCCAGGGAGUGAAUGCGUUUGAUCACAACGAAAACCUGAACUUGAUCGCAACCGCUGGCGUCAACCACCACGUCUGCUUAUGGAAUCCCUACGUUGUCUCCAAACCGAAUGGCGUCCUACGAGGUCACAUGGCGAGCGUCGUCCAGGUCCAGUUCAACGCAUCCCGAGGCCAACUCAUCAGCUUCUCGAAGGACAAGGUUUUGAGAAUCUGGGAUGUCCAGCUGCAAGUUUGCAUACAGCGAUUGGCGGGAAUGUUCCCGAAGGGACCAGAAGUCGUCAGCGUCCUGCACUUCCACGAGGAUCGCAACCGGUUGUUCAUAACGUUUAAUUAUCAGCUGACGGUGAUGGAGAUGAAACCGGAGGUGACGGACCGCGUGAUGAGUCACGAGAAACCGGUUGUCUCGGCGUUGUACAACUCCACCUAUAACCAGGUUGUGUCUGUGAGUCAGGACGGGACGGUCAUCGUGUGGAUGCUGGACACAGGUCAAAAGGUCAAACAGUUUGGCGGUACCCAUGGCAACGCCGAGGUCACAACCUUGGCCCAGGACUCGACAGAGACGAGGUUGUUUACUGGCAGCGUUGAUGGGACCGUGAAGAUCUGGGACUUUAACGGCCAUUGUUACCACACGCUGGACUGUGGCGACGGGAAUCCCGCCGAUAUUGGUCAGAUUAUGCCGCUGAAGAGAAGCGUAAUUGUCAUUGGUUGGACAAGAUAUAUCACCUUAUUCCGUAACAACAUGUUCCGCGAGUUUCACGUUCAGCCAGCAGAUUGGAAGGGCGGUCAAGAGCACGGCGAUGACAUCCUGGCCGCAUCAUUCCUCCCGCCGAACACCCUAGCAACCGCGUCCUACGACGGUGAGAUCAUACUGUGGAAUACGAACUCCGAGGUGGCGUCGCGGAGAUUGAAUCAGCGGUCGCGGAGAGUCAUGAUGAAGUCGCGUGGCAAGGGCAUAUUCCUGACAAGCAGAGAGCCCACGCGGGCGAGCAUGGGCAGCGCGUCGAUAAAAGAAGAUGGCGGCUUCGAUAGUCACUCGUAUCACGCGAGUACGCCGCUCCGGCCAAAGUCUCGAGCAGCGUCGAGGAUCAGCAUGGGGAGUCAGGACGAUCAGAAUGAAUAUGGAUUUGCAAUAUCGCGCCUCGCCUUUCUCGAGAAUCGCCGGAGCAAUUCGGCGAGCGCUGGCGCCAACCUGAUCUCGUGCGGCGGGAACGGAUGGGUGAGAUUCUGGAAUGCGACGCACUGUAAGCUUUUGGCAGAGUUUGUGGCCCACACACAAGUUGGCUCGAUCAUCAUGGCGGUGGAUAGCAACAGUCAUUAUCUCGUCACAGGCGACGUCGACGGCCUCAUCAAAGUUUGGGACAUUCAGGAAUAUUGCCUCCGGAACACUGGCGACGAUGUCGUCACUACUCCACCACCGUUGAAGGCGUCAUGGUCCCCUCACGUUGACAUCAUCAAUACCAUCAACAUUUGCGAGCGAAACGAACGCACGCUUAUCAUCACGUCGUCGUCCGACUGCAGUGUGGAAUUAUGGGAUAUCGCGGGCAACCAUAUUGGUGCAUUUGGACAGGAGGAGCAUUGGAAGAUCGAGCCGUAUCGUCCGCCAUCAGAAAAUGAGGAAGUGGAAGCUGAGCCUACUGAGGUUGAAGAGGAAAAAGAAGAAGAGGCGGACUAUAUCGGCCCCGUGCUCGCUGAGGAUGAAUACAACUGGGAGCCUGAUCACCGCGCUACGCAGGACCCGACGAUGUUUAGAGUAAAUACUUGGGACAGAACAUGCUUGGGGAAGGAAUACCAAGAGAAAGGCACGCUUCAUCGAGAAAGACGACAACCGUCCAACAUACCCGAUCUACCGUACGUCGUCAGUGAUUGGACAAAAGUGCCACCUAUUGGCCCGUACUCAGCCUUGGACACUCUGAAUCUCGAGGACACCCAAGUCCUGAAGAAACCAGACUUCAUCUUUAAUCCGGAGAAGUAUUUUUCCGAGGAAAUUGAGGGACCGUUGAUGCAGAUACCUAAGACUGACCCAAGGCUACCGCAACUGGCCGAAUCCGGAGCACCUAUCUCUCCAGCACUCUCGGUACAGGUGACGUCGUACGAUAAAUGGAGUGACAGUCCGCUCAAGGCUGCCUUCGACGAGAAGUCGUUAUUCCCGAAAUACAUCCUCGAGUUUGAAAACAAGAUGAAGAACUUCCACUCCAAUACUCUCAACCAAUAUCAGAACAAGACUGGCAAGCGAUUUAGCACCAACCUGGGGCCGAGCGCGAUGGGCAACCUUGCCACUCCGCAACCACAGGGCCGAGUCCCAUCGCCAGGACGGAAGCGACCUACGCGACUGAAACCAAUUAUCAAGUCGGGUUCGGGAAGGACAGACGACAGUUGAAGGUCUGGUGCAUUAUAGACAAUAUUCAGCUCCCGGAGUUCAGUCACAUCCAUGCUUCUUCAGACAGACCCGGGUUUUUCAAAGGGCUCCACCAAUGACGUCAUUGACGACUUUCGUUGUUGAAAUUGCGGCGAGCUGUGUCAAUUUUCCUAAGUGAAAAAAGGAAUUUCGUAUCCACAGUGUCAGUUUCACUAGGUUAUUCGUAUGAUGCAUUGGUAAGGUGACGUCCAUUCCUAUAGUGAGGGUGAGUGUGGGGACAACCCACAUGUGCGCAGAUCUCAUCCCGCUCUACCAAAACUAGGCGCUUGUCGCAUCUGAACUCGACAGGUUGAUACGGACUUGUUGUUCAUUUCCCUAUUGUAGACCUUUUGUGAAAUCUAUUACAAACUGAUUUGGUCACAUUUCACAAAAGG